UCGCGUCGCAUGCUGAUCCAAGUGAUCCAAGUGCUCUUGGAGCAUGCGACGCGAACAAACCUUGUGAGUCUGUGCCGCAGCUCACGGAAGUCACGGAACAUGUAUUCCGCAGCUUACGUCAUAGACAUAAUAAAUAUGUAGAUGCACGAGGUGUGCACGUUCCCUGCCCUUACCGUUUCUAUCAAAUUUGUCUUUGUCUUGCGUAUGUACUACGCUACCAUACGCGAGACAAAGACAGAUUUGAAAUAUGGGCUGUGUUCCGUUUUUACUGGCAGUACUGAAAAUUUAUAGUUCACGUCACAUAUACUAUACAUUUUCAGUACUGGCAGUUAAUAUCGGAACAUAGCCAUGAGAAACGUCUAUGAAUUUGGAUCUUAAAGCCUCGUGUCUACGUUGCUGAAAUCGGUUCGAAAUCUCGGCCAGAGAGAAUUGACCAAUCGCAUUUGAACAAUUUGGCCAACUGAUUAGUGCAAUUGGUCAAUUCUUUCUUUGUUCGAGAUCUCGGCGAUCUCGGACAUUUUUUUAAACUACAUUUCAAAACAUCCUCUAUGAGGAAAAUUUUAUAAUAUAUGUUACAUGUUAGAAAUACAAAAAUAAUUUAUAUGUAAAAAAACAAACUCUCUAAAAUUUAAGUAUUACUAAUACAUCAUACACGUGAAGAACAGAGGUUUCUUAGCGACCGAUAAAACAAUAAAAAGGUCAAUAAAAUUAUUUCUUUUAUUUGUAUCAGAAGCAUGAUGCUGAACGGAGUCGUCAUUACAUCAAGAAUUUCGAGAAUAUUCAUGAAGAAUAUGCGAAAGAUACAACGCUCAUACAAUACUUCGCUGUUACGAAAAUCGUUUAGCACAAAUCAAUCGUUUCAAGAGUGCAACAAGACGUUUGAAAAUUUUAAAUUGAAGCAGGCAAAAAUGCAGUGCGACGACGGGCUUCCAGUUUAUUUAAAAGGUGGUACACGUGAUAAGAUAUUGUUUAACUUUACGCUAGCCCUACUCUUCUUUAACAUGACACAAUCAAUCUACACAAUUAGGCAGUUCUUAAAAGGUUAAAUUUUGCACAGUAGUUUUAUUUUUUAAUUGUGUGUUAAAAUUUAAUUAGGAAUCAACUUGUAAAUCGAUGGAACAAUAAAAUAUGUAAACCAGAA